ACUCCUGGGCCCCGCGGUACGCAGCCAUGGCGUACUCCACGGUGCAGAGAGUGGCGCUGGCCUCGGGUCUCGUCCUUGCCGUGUCGCUGCUGCUGCCCAAGGCCUUCUUGUCCCGCGGGAAGCGUCCGGAGCCGCCGGCGGACCCCGAAGGAAAACUGGGCCGAUUUCCACCUAUGAUGCAUCACCACUCAGCGCCCUCAGACGGGCAGAUGCCUGGAGCUCGUUUCCAGAGGUCCCACCUUGCAGAGGCCUUCGCAAAGGCCAAGGGAGCAGGCGGAGGUGCUGGAGGAGGGGGCGGUGGAAGAGGACUGAUGGGCCAGAUCAUUCCAAUCUACGGCUUUGGGAUUUUUUUGUACAUACUGUACAUUCUGUUUAAGCUUUCGAAGGGGAAAACUGCAGAAGAUCGGAACUGCCCCACUGCCCCACCUGGGAACUCCCAUAGGAAGAUCACCAAUUAUGAGCUUGUUCAACUGCAAGAAAAACUAAAAGAGACAGAAGAAGCCAUGGAAAAAUUAAUCAAUAGAGUGGGACCUAAUGGUGAGAGCAGAGCACAGACUGUGACAUCUGACCAAGAGAAACGAUUACUGCAUCAGCUCCGAGAAAUCACGAGGGUCAUGAAAGAAGGCAAGUUCAUUGACACAUCUACUCCAGAGAAGGAAGCCGAGGAAGCCCCUUACAUGGAGGACUGGGAAGGUUACCCUGAAGAGACUUAUCCAGUGUAUGACCUUUCCGAUAGUAUCAAGCGUAGGCAAGAAACAAUCCUGGUGGAUUACCCUGAUCCAAAAGAGCCCUCUGCUGAAGAAAUAGCUGAACGAAUAGGGGUGAUGGAAGAGGAAGGGUCAGAGCAUUUGAGCUGGGAUCAUUUGCCCACUCACCCUGGGGCCCAGGAAGAUAAUUCUGUUACCCUGUGUGAUCCGAAACCAGAAUCAUGCUCCUGCUGUUUUCAUGAAGAAGAGGAUCCUGCUGUCUUGGCAGAGAAUGCUGGUUUCAGUGCAGAUGGCUACAGUGAGCAAGAGGAAGCCACCAAGGAAGACUGGUCCCAAGACUUCACAACUGAGGGGUUGGAAAUCAGCACUGGUAACACACACAUGGGUGGCAUGUUGAGAAAGCGCAACCUCCAGAGUUUAGAGUGAAAGCAGCCUGUUUGAUGAUGUAUCCAUUACUCUACUCCCAAGGUAUCUUUCCUUAAUUUCAUCCAUGGCCCUGUGCCAUCUGUAUUCAAUCCCUCUGUAUUCAGUAGCAUAGUUUUGGGCCACUACCAUGGAUAUUAUUUAUCCUUCCUGGUGCUUGCUCACCUGUCACCUUGUAAAGUAGACAUUAGCGUGAACACAGGACAGCAUCAUCUUUUCCUGCCUUUCUGCAUCAGAGACACUAACUCAUUAGGUAAUUAUACUUAUUUGAUUGUGCCUGGAGGUGGUAUCACCUGUGCAAAGAUCUGACCCCUCCACAUAGGGGUAACAGAAGGUUUACCUAUGAAUGAGCAUUGAUUAGCAGAUAUUGGGGACUUAAGGUUUUGAAAAUGAAGAUUAUAGACUCCCAAAUGCCUUAUUCUUUUGAACUUGUUAGUAGUCCCCCAAGAAGAGCAUGCUCAAUUGUGAGGAUGAGGGGCCCAGAGCACACAGCAAGACAGCUGACUGAACUGUAGCCUCCCCUCAGAACCUUCUAGGUUAAGAUAUCCUGGCUCCUCUGGAGUACACACGCCUAUUUGGAGACCAUUUUGCUUGUAUGUCACCUUGAUCUCUAGCUUCCCAUGUCCUUACUCUGUUGAACAGAAUUGCCAAUCCAGAAGCACCUUUAUAUGUCCGAUCUGUGGCUAGGGGAAAUUUGAGGCUUAAGUCUGAGUCCUACAAAGCUGAAGUUUGAGGCUGUUGAAGCUCCAGGAUGGCCUAAGUAUAGUGGUCCUUCCAUGAGGAGUUCAGGUGGCCAAUACUCCAUGUCUUUGUGAGGCAGGAUGAAACCUGUGAAUCCUAACAAGGGUGAGUCAAUUCAGUUCCAUGCAAGACCUACAAGUUGAAAGAAGGUGUGUGUCCAAGGACAUGCCCAGCCAUGAAAUGGGAAGCCCAAAAGUUAAGGAAUUCUGUGAAGUUGGAUACAGUCUUUAGAGUUCUACUGUGCUUGGUCUGAAUAUGAUGCCAGAAAACAGUGUGGACCACUCAGGAACAUGCUGGCUGCCAUCAGAAGGUAUGGGGCCACACCAAGAUAAUCACUACUACAAAGCUUUACGUGUUUGGUGAACUAGAAAAGGCCCUGGAUAUUGAGUCUGGAAAUCCACUGCACUGCAUUGAUUCCUGUAUAGAACAUUGAUUGAAAUGGUGAAAAAUGCAGUUGGCGUGGACUAAAGAUAGUCUUGGUGUAACUAAGUGUAAAAAGCAAUGUAGGUACUCUUGUUUUGCAAACUGUUUUCUGUGUGGGUCCCUCAUCCACUGUGUGAAGUUGAUUUUAGGAUAGCCCCGUGUUCUCACUUUUGUCCAUAGGAUACGAUCCCCUUAUCAGAACUUGUUUCUUUCAUUCACUCACCCGACAUUUGCCUCAUGCUGAAUAUAAAAAGGUUGAGUUUGUAUCUUAAAGAGUUCCAAUUUACUAUGGGAGUUUGACAGAUACACUGAAGACUAUAGGAAGGCUUGAGAGUGUGGAUUCUUUGGGCACAGAAAACUGGGUCCUGAUCCUCCCCUGCGACUCUGCCUGUAGAGUUCUGGAUUGGCUCCUUAGGCGACCUGAGCCUGGUGUGGGCAUCUGUAAAGUGAGGGUCGUAAAAUGCAAGUCUCUCAGGAUCUUACGCUGUAAAUGAGCUAGGCGGUGUGCCCAGGGUAACCUGCGGUGUGCACAGGGCAGCCUGCGGUGUGCCCAGGGUAGCCUGCGGUGUGCACAGGGCAGCUGGACAAGCUCAGGCAUGAUAGCAUAUCACGUGGCAGCUAUUUUAUUACAGUGUGGACUCAAAACUACAGGACCAUGCAAGAACAGGAAUGCUUUUCCCAAAGUAGCAAUAAAUUUCCAAAGAGACUUUGUGUCACACUAAGAACAUGGGCAAGGAAGAGAAAGGCCAUUUUGGCAGAAAGAGUGGGUUAGCAAGAACAGUGGGGUGUGUAAAUGGAUAUUCGGCUGAAAAGUGUUACAGAGUCAACUGUUAUUAUUGGGGUGGGCUAUGGAAACAGUUUCUGCCAAAAGGACCAAUUAAGGUUCUUGCCACUGUAGAUAUUAGUUUGCAUAUAGGAAUAUAUUUGUCUGUACACACCAGAAACUUCAAUGUACCUUUCAGUAAUUUAGAAUGUAGGGUUUUUUUUUUUUAAUUUUCCAGAAUUGUAUCCUUUGGAUAUGAUGAUUUUACAUGUAUAUCCAACCCAGGGGGACCAGCUUCAAGGGAUUGAUUUUUAUUGUGUUAUUCAUGUCUCAGUACUAAAGGCUGCAGACUUCAUCAAGGCCUUGCUAUUAGGUUUGCAGUGACCCCUAGGGCACUGUAGCAGCAGCUGGCCUAAGAAGCCACUGCAUCACCUAGGACCAUGCUUGGUAAAUAAAGCGGGUGAUCAGCCAGAAGAUCCCUUCACAAUGUCAUUGUCGGAAACAGGACAGUGCCUCAUGUAGUGCUCAGGGACUAGGUCCAGAGGUGUGCUGAGUGGAGAUGGAUGUAACCUCUAAAGUUCUUUGUACCUUAGAUUUAGGUGAUAAAAUCAUUUAUGGUCUACACUCAGACACUUUGAAAAAAAGGAACUUAUAUACACAUGGCAAAAUAUUUUCUUAUCUCUGUGACCAAAUACUCAGCGAAGGCAAUUUAAUGCAGAAGGGCGUACAGUGCGUGGACAGUUCUUCCUGGCAGAGGGGCCGUGAGGACUGGUUCAGUCAGGGAGCAGAGAGAGAUGGACACCAGCACUCGGUUUGUUUCCCCUUUUAUUCAGUGUGGGACCCCAGCCAAUGGGAUGCUGCUGCCCACAAUGAAGAUGGGUCUUCCUCCCGACUGAACGGUCUUGUAAACUGUCAUAGACAGGUGUGCUUCCGUGGUAUUCUAAAUCCCAUCAAAUUAGCAAUUGAGAUUAACCAUCAUGGCAACAGGUUUAAGGCAAGAUCUUCCUGGACAUUGUUCUACAACUUUAGGAUUUUUUAUCAACCUGAAGAGUGAACAAGACCCUUUCCCCUUUUAGAACAUCCUGUAUUUGGUCUUCCUCACAAAGGCAGAAGCUAAAGGGCUAAAGGAGCCAGACCAUGGUUCAGGCAGGGACUGCUUUUAAUCCACAUCAAAAACCCCUGAGUGAAUAAGUGAACCCUACGUAUCAAUCUGCUCUCCACUUGCCCUUUAUUCAGACAGUUUGUAUCCACAAAGAAUAUUUUGUGUGCUACCUGUUGAGCAGUGAUCGGGAAGAUCAUGAACCAACUAUCCUGCAGCCUUAACCGUCAGCAUGUCUAAAACAUACCUUCUAGUAGCAAGAUAACAGGCCAUUUCUUCACUUCCUAGGGCACCAGUUCCCUUGUGGAUGAACUGGGCAGCAUGUCUGCCUCCUAGGCCUGUUUGUGGAGUGUCUAUCCCACAGUGAGAUGUGCAGUGGGUGCUUAGCACCAUCACUGCCUUGAAUCUCUUGCUGCUAGGCUGCCCCACUUGAUACCCUCUCUGAGGCCACUCUGGAUGCCAGAAUUGGUGCAGGUCACUGUAUUGGGGGGGGGGUGGCUUUAGGAUGACUUCCUUCAAGAGUAGAUAUUAGCUUUGAUGUCUGAUGCUUGUUUUCCUGGUUAAAUAGUUCCAGCUCUGACCAUGGCCUAGAGUGACGUGGCUGGGCCUUUCCCACCCUUGACGCCUAUAUCCCGGUUCUGUCCACAAGGACCAUGCCCACCAGGUACACUUAGGAACUGUUGGCCAGUUCCUUUAGGGUGACCCAGAUGACAUUGAAGUAUCUUCUAGCCUCAUUUUUUGCACACUAUGGAUGUGAUACCACGGGAGAAGACAGUGUUGAUCUGGAUGUUACUGGUUUUAAACACACUACAUCUUUUUGUUGCUAUCACCCACCUGACCCUUUGAAGCUCCU